UGUGUUGGGCCUUUCACCGACAUACGAUGAGCUUAUGUGAAUUCUUAACGUUUCACGGUUUUUUUUUCUAGAGACGCGAAGUUUAUCUUAUCGUUGACCUCAAAGUCCACGCGACGCUGGCACACAUUGUUCAAUCCUGACUUUCGUCUUUCGCUCAUUUUCUUUUCAGUCCCGUCAUCGUUCAGCAGCAUAUGAAGCUUCACUUUUAUCAGUCUGAUAACACUGCGGGAAAAAAGCUAUCAUACGAGCCGAUAGAUGGCAAUCUGUCGCUUCCGUGGCUCAAGCAAACUAGACUUGUUGCUCUAGAUUCCCAGUAUGUGGAAAUGGAGGCUCCAAGUGACCCAGCGGUGGGAAUAGCAAGAGCCCUAGCAUUCCAUUUGAGAGACAUUGGAAUUUUUGAUGGGUAUGACCCUGACGACGGUGGAGAAAGCGGUGGGUAUUCCGAUUUUACAUGCAAGCUAGAGCUUGUGUUGAUCCAUUCCAACAAGGAAUACCAGAUUGUUCUUAAUCUUUACUACCGGUACCGAGGGGACAAAAAGGAGAGCCAAAAAACCGACUUGUCAGAUGUACAAAUAUCAAAUUGGCUUUUUGAUCGCAUAGUCAAUGACUCAAAUAGUCUGCCCCUUAUAGAGAUGAAGCUUAGACAUCUUUUGCAGUUGGACUGUCUCAACUGCACCAUUAACGGCUUGGAGGUUGAGCUUUGAGUGCUCGAAACAACGGGGCGCGCUGGGUCGACACCCCACAAAAAGCAAAGACAGAUUCAGAAAAUGGCUGUUUUGCAGUUUGAUAAUCCUACAAAUUUUAGUUCUUCAU